CGGUCCAGUUGUGGUUAACAAGUUCUUAAGAUUCGGUUGCUCGCUCGGGCCGCUCGGGGUGUCGCGCGCAGCAAGGUGAACAAGUCGCAGUGUAUAGUGUAAAACGUUCUGUUCGGUGCGAUUCUACUUCGAGAGUAACCGUCCCCGACAUAAUAUUGAAGUGCUCUCACGGAUUGAGCUAUCUCUCGUGCGCAUCAGUAUAUCAUUCGCAUUGCGGCCACUAUUGUCAUUAUUGCAGUUUAUGCGAAUGUUCAAGGACCAGCUGGCACCGGUUACUGAGAGACGCUCGUAUCUCGUGGUCGCUAUGCAUAUCUUUGUACGUGCGAUAAGCGCAGCUUUGACAGCGGUGGCAAAACCGGCGCUUGUAGUGAACGAAUUAGACAAAGUGAUUACGAUACGCACCGCUUUGCAAUCGUAAACAACGAAAAGUAAGUGUAAAAUUAGGAGAGAUUCAACAGUCUUUGAAUCAUAUUCGUGAUUUCCCGAAAAGAUAGCGUGCGAGCGCGAAAAUAGUUAUCUUCGCGAGAAUCGCGAGACGCUUGAACUUAACGGGAAUCCGAGCGGAAGCGCUCCAGUUUCGCUGCAGUCUACAACUUGGAGAAAGGCUUGGUUGACGGUGAUUAGACGAAAAUUCCAAUCCGGUUCAUUUGCAACUCUCAGGACCGCGCUGAAUUUCUCGAGGUGGUUGAACUAGUAGUUGGAGUGCGCGGUGGGCGAGGUGGAGUGCCGCGGCCGCGGCACGUCGAUUGAAGGGAGAUUUCAACGCGCGUGUAACACGCGUCCGGAUUCGCCGGAUAUCGAUUCGCGCAUCCGGAAAUGCCUGCGUUGAAACUCUUCGGUCGAAAAUGGUUGGCCGCAACCGACGACCUCGUGUAUCCAGGCUUGUUCGAAUUAUUUAUCCGUAUUGUAUGGUUGAUUCUUAUAGGGAUCGCCUGCGCAAGGUACUACGAGGAUACGUGGAAUUGUCGGUUGGGAGGUGAAUUAGUGCGCGUGUAUCUCCUCGGUGAAGCGGUCAUGCUUGGUAUCGUCACGCUUUUGAUAUUCAUCAUUAUCAGGCAUAGCGCGAGGGGGGCUAUUAUGGACACGCAUGCCCGACGCUAUGUCGAACCGCUUCUGCUGGUCAAGAUAUUGAUGCUACUGCCAGAGAUCGGAUGGAACAUUCUGGGUACUCUAUGGAUUUUCGGGCAGAGCGUUGAAUGCAACCACGAAUCAUACUCUAUUACGGUCGUGGAGGCCCUGGUGUUUUUCGAUUGGAUCCUAAUCGGUCUCAGUAUCUUCGGCCUCGCCCUAGUGUUCGACCCAAUUGGUUCUUUGGAGAAGAAACAGCUAGAGAACUCUGUGGAGCACGGCAAGGUCUCGCGUAUUUGGCUAAGAAGAUUCAAAUUCCUGUGGUGGAUGCGUAAGGAUGAGAGUGCGAACGAGGCCUUUCAACAAGUCGCUGGUCUUUUAACUGCUUUAUUCCGAGGCACGAAUUUGGUUCCUUCGGAUGUAAUGGCAGGAUGUAUUUUACUGAGAGUCCGGCAGAAGCGAGAAACUCAUGAAUUACGAAAGUUAAAUCUAAUUGCUCGUCCAAAAUACACUUCAGAUGGUAGCAAGAUUUUUUCGAGCGCACCUAACUGGAUGUCCUUGGAAGCCGCCCAUCAUUUCCUGCAACUAUCGAUCGCUUCUUACGGCUGGCUUUUCGUAAUAUAUCAGCAUACGUGUACUGGAUGUUUUCGUUUGAUACGCGGCAUGAGAUGCUGUGCUUGUUUUCGACGAAAGCGUAAUAUUAUUCUAGACGAUAACUGUUGUCUCUGUUAUCUUUCUGGCGUAAAAUACCUGUCAAAGAUAUCUGAGGAUGAUAUUCUAUUCGCUUCCUUCAAGAAUCAUUUAUGCGAAAUACCAUUCUGUGUAAUGGUGGAUCACAAAACUGCCAGUAUUGUUGUGAUUAUACGAGGAUCGUUAUCGUUGCGAGAUAUAAUUACUGAUUUUGCAGCCUCAUCUGAUUUAUUUGAAUGUCCUGGUAUUCCAUCAGGAAGUAUGGCCCACAAAGGCAUGAUAAUAGGAGUAAAAGUAAUUUUAAAGCAAUUGGAAAAUUAUAAAGUCCUAGAAAGAGCGUUCGCCACGUAUCCUAAUUAUCAUCUGACAUUUACUGGUCAUAGUUUAGGAGCCGGUUUAGCCAUUUUGCUGGGUUUACUGAUACGUCCUCGUUAUCCAGAGUUAAGAGUCUACGCGUAUGCUACACCUGCUGGACUGCUCAGUAGAGAAGCUGCUAAGAUCACGGAAGAAUUCGUAUUGACCGUAGGACUUGGCGAUGAUCUUGUAAUGAGACUCAGUGUGGAUAGUAUAGAGAAUUUAAGGACGUCGUUACUGACAACUCUUCAUGCUUGUCGAUUGCCUAAGUACAGAGUUGUCCUGAAUGGAUUCGGAUAUGCUUUGUUCGGAGUUCCUGAAAGAGAUCUGAGUAAAACAUGGGCCAAUCAUAACAUAAUUAAUACAAUCCCAGGUCAAUCGCCUUUGCUAAUCAAGCACAAUGAUAAGGAUAAAAUAAUAGAACGCGAUAUAACAAAAAGAAGAUAUUCGAAAAUGAAACUGUUUAACGCUGGUCGUAUACUUCAUAUAGUGAGAUGCAAACUCGAAAAAACGGAAGGAAAAAGCAAAAAACAACUCGCAAAGGAGAGAAAAUACGAGAUGCGAUGGGCACAAGCGGAGGAAUUUAUAAAAUUAACAGUAAUGCCACGCAUGCUUUUGGAUCAUUUACCAGAAAAUAUAGAGAGGGCUUUAGCUACAUUACUGGAGCAACAGAAAGAUAUACCGUAUUAUUUCGAUCCUUAGUGUAAUCCAAAGAAGUGAUUUUAUAGUUUUAA